AUGGCGCGUAAUGCGAAUAACCUGGAGAAGAUGGCGUCCAUCGACGCCCAGCUGCGGCUACUGGCCCCUGGGAAGGUCUCCGAGGACGACAAGCUCGUGGAAUACGACGCGCUGCUCUUGGAUCGCUUCCUCGACAUUCUCCAGGACCUCCAUGGAGAGGAGAUCAGGGAAACGGUACGGAAAUCAGCAGUCCUCCCUUCUGUCUCGAUUCUCCUCUUCUUCCGUAUGUACCGUACCGGUCUCAGUGAAUAUCUCCGAAAUUAGGGCAGUCGGGGCCGUCAUCUGCCAUAUCAGAGUGGCUAUUGGGGAUCGGGAUGAGGGUUCCUGACUGGUUCUCCUCUUCGCGUCGACAGGUUCAAGAGUGCUACGAGCUCUCCGCGGAGUACGAGGGGAAGAACGACCCGCAGAAGCUGGAGGAGCUCGGCGAGGUCCUCACGAGCCUGGAUCCAGGCGACUCCAUCGUCAUCGCCAGUUCCUUCUCCCACAUGCUCAACCUGGCCAACCUCGCCGAGGAGGUCCAGAUUGCCCACCGCCGGCGCAACAAGAAGAAGAAGGGGGACUUCGUCGACGAGAACAACGCGACCACUGAGUCCGACAUCGAAGAAACCCUAAAGAGGCUCGUGGGGCGGCUGAAGAAAUCCCCCGAGGAGGUCUUCGACGCUCUGAAGAACCAGACCGUGGAUCUCGUUCUGACCGCGCACCCAACGCAGUCGGUCCGCCGAUCGCUGCUCCAGAAACACGGAAGGUGAAUCGGAUCAACUACGACGAAUUCCUCACCUUCUCCAUCGAUCUCCUUCACUGCAAUCACCCGAAAUCGGGCCCCUCUUAAUUCACAGAAUCGGAUAAAAUCACUUCAUUUCUAGCAGUCGGAGGAAGAAAUUUCUUGACCAAAAAGCCGAUUAAACUUUCAGGAUUCGGAAUUGUCUGGCGCAGCUGUACGCCAAAGACAUCACGCCUGAUGACAAGCAAGAACUCGAUGAGGCCCUCCAACGGGAGGUAUCCAUUUAUUUAUUUUAUUCUCUUUCUUCAGAGUCAUUUCUCAUGAACAUAAAGGUCCAUGCAUAUUGUUUCAUCCUUCGUUCCUCGAUUGCCCCCCUCACUCUCUAAUGCAUUUAUUUAUUUUCAGGGUGAUUAAAUAAAUUCCAUCUCUGUUGUCCCCCCACCAUAAAUUGAAAUAUAUACAAGAUAAAAUAAAUUGAAAAAAAAUGUAUUUUUCCCAGCUUCAGAUCUUUGAGCUCUACCCAUUUCUCAAAUGCUCACAUCCAAUCGUUAGCCCCCAAAAAUAUAUAUAUUUUUUUUGGGAAAAAAAAUGAUUCGGAAUCAACAGAUCUCUGACUGAAGAUGCUCAAUGUGGGAACACUGCAGAUCCAAGCUGCUUUCCGGACUGAUGAAAUCAGGAGAACUCCUCCGACUCCCCAGGAUGAGAUGAGGGCCGGGAUGAGUUAUUUCCAUGAAACUAUUUGGAAGGGCGUUCCGAGAUUCUUGCGCAGGGUUGACACUGCUUUGAAGAACAUUGGCAUAAAUGAGCGCGUACCGUACAAUGCUCCUCUCAUCCAGUUCUCUUCCUGGAUGGGUGGUGACCGCGAUGGUAUGAUCCUCUCUCUUCAUGGAUCGAAGUUAGCUUCGAUUGGCUUUUCUUUCCUUCAUCGGUUUUUUUUUUUUUUUUUUUUCUUCUGGUGUUCAUCUUCCCUAGAACAUGGUCUGGGCUGGAAAUAUUUAUUUAUUUAGUAUUCAAUUUUUUUGCCAGAAAGAAAACAGACUCCUCUUAUGCCGCCAGCAUCUAUUUUCUCAGGGGCAUUUGAAUAUGAUCAAACGCCAUGGAUUUUCUUGUGAAUCUCCUCCUAGUUUCUUCUGGGUAGUAUCAGAGAUCCUACACAUAAUGUCUAUUCCUGAUUUAUUAAUACAGUGACCUGUGUAAAUGAUUCAGGGAACCCAAGAGUGACUCCUGAGGUCACAAGGGACGUGUGCCUAUUAGCCCGGAUGAUGGCUGCCAACAUGUACUACUCCCAGAUAGAGGAUCUGAUGUUUGAGGUCUCGGCGGCUCUUCAACACUUUAUCUCUAAAAAUAUCUGAAUAAAUAAAUUAAAAAAAAAACGAUCGGUGAUCUAUAAAAUAUUUUCUGCUUAUUAUUUUGCAGCUGUCUAUGUGGCGAUGCAGCGACGAACUGAGGAACCGGGCCAAUGAGCUGCUUCGGUCCUCGAAACGGGAUGCGAAGCAUUACAUCGGUAUUUAUCAGCCACAAAGUUUAUAUUUUUCCCCCCGACAUUGUUAGAUAUUAUCGCCUGAUAUGGUUUAAAUAAAUAAAUAAAUAAUUCCCAUGAUUUUUAUUUUUUUUUAUUUUUUUGCAGAAUUUUGGAAACAGGUGCCGCCGAGUGAGCCUUACCGAGUCAUCCUGGGUGAUGUGAGGGAUAAGCUCUAUAACACGCGCGAACGCUCGCGCUUGCUGCUGUCGAAUGGGACGUCCGACAUCCCCGAGGAGGCCACCUUCACUGACGUCGAGCAGGUUUGAUCCGACUUAUUUAACUUAUUUAUUCGUUCUAGUUAGUUUUUGUCUCUGGAUUUAUUAUGCAUAUAAUUGGUAUGCGCAAGUCAACGCGAAGACCAUUGAAAGAACUCAUUGCUUAUAAAGCGCUUAGCAUCAGUCAAAGAAAGCGCUUAGAUGUGAGGGAAAAUGCUUGGUUUCUCUCUGAUUUUUCUCUCCGAAAUCCACUCUCCACUCUCGUUUCAUAUUUUCUAUUAAUCGCCACCGUUGUUGAUAUGUUCCUAGCCAAAAAAAAUUUCCCUCUUGAUCCUGACCAUGCACAGACAAAUCUAGGGCUCAGAUCAGCUUGACUUUUGCCUUUCAAGGGGGCAUAAAUCUUACUAACCCAAAGACUUUACUUGGUUCAUGUGGAAAAAUCAAGAACACGAGGACCAAUCGUUGCAAAUUCUUCAGAUUGUUCUUCUAGAAGCCCAUCAUUUAUUGUUAUUAUUAUUUUUAUUAUUUGUUGGCCGUAGUCAUAAUAUUAAAAAAUAAAUAAUGUCUCAAAAGGAACAAUCUCAAGAACAUGCAACGAUAGAUCAUCCGUGUUCUUGAGAGGGUGUUCUGUUUUGAAGCAUCAUUUAUUGCCAAACUGCAGGAGGGAAGGGAUCAUAGUAGUAAUAAUAAUAAUAAUAAUAAUAAUAAUAAUAAUAAUAAUCAUCAUCAUCAUCAUCAUCAUCAUUAUCAUAAUCAUGGUAAAAUAAAAAUAAAAAUCCGGGUCGCCCUGGAGCUCUCUAUUUAUUUAUCUGUUCUUCCUUGGUGUCCUUUCUUUCUGAGCAUCAUCAUCAUCAUUGGUGGAUGAGGUUGAUGGAUUUUAAAUAAAUAAAUAAAAAAUGUUGCAGUUUUUGGAGCCGCUGGAGCUGUGUUACCGAUCUCUGUGCUCCGGCGGCGACCGCUCCGUCGCCGACGGCAGCCUCCUCGACUUCCUCCGGCAAGUCUCCACCUUCGGUCUGUCUCUGGUCCGCCUGGACAUCCGGCAAGAGUCCGACCGCCACACCGAUGUCAUGACUGCCAUCACCGAGCACCUGGGCAUCGGAACCUACCGCGACUGGCCCGAGGAGCGCCGCCAGGAAUGGCUCCUCUCCGAGCUCCGGGGAAAGCGGCCCCUCUUCGGGCCGGACCUCCCCAAGACCGCCGAGAUCGCCGACGUCCUGGACACCUUCCACGUCAUCUCCGAGCUGCCCUCCGACAACUUCGGAGCCUACAUCAUCUCCAUGGCGACGGCCCCCUCCGACGUGCUCGCCGUGGAGCUGUUGCAGAGGGAGUGCCGGGUGAAGAAGCCCUUGCGAGUGGUUCCCCUGUUCGAGAAGCUCGCCGAUCUGGAGGCGGCGCCGGCGGCGGUGGCGAGGCUCUUCUCCAUCGACUGGUACAGGAACAGGAUCGCCGGAAAGCAGGAGGUGAUGAUCGGCUACUCCGACUCCGGCAAGGACGCCGGCAGGUUCUCGGCGGCGUGGCAGCUGUACAAGGCGCAGGAGGAGCUCGUGAAGGUGGCCAAGGAGUACGGCGUGAAGCUCACCAUGUUCCAUGGCAGGGGAGGCACCGUGGGCCGCGGCGGCGGGCCCACCCACCUCGCCAUCCUCUCCCAGCCGCCGGACACAAUCAAUGGCUCCCUGAGGGUGACAGUGCAGGGGGAGGUGAUCGAGCAGUGCUUUGGAGAGGAGCACCUCUGUUUCAGGACUCUCCAGCGCUUCACCGCCGCCACCUUGGAGCACGGUAUGAACCCACCCGUCUCGCCCAAGCCCGAGUGGCGGGCUCUCAUGGACCGCAUGGCCCUCGUCGCCACCGAGGAGUACCGCUCCGUCGUCUUCCACGAGCCCCGCUUCGUCGAGUACUUCCGUCUGGUACACACAUUGCAUCCGUUCUUCUUCUUCGUCUCCUCCUCUCCUCGUCCUCCUCUUCCUUCCUCAUGUAUGAUGUAUGAUGUUGUAUGGUGAUGGUCUUGGGGAUGUGGGGCAGGCGACGCCGGAGACGGAGUACGGGAGGAUGAACAUAGGGAGCAGGCCGUCGAAGAGGAGGCCGAGCGGGGGGAUCGAGACGCUGAGGGCGAUACCGUGGAUAUUCGCGUGGACUCAGACGAGGUUCCACCUGCCGGUGUGGCUGGGCUUCGGCGCCGCGUUCCGGCGGGUGCUGGACGAGGACAUCCGGAACCUGCACGCGCUACAGGAGAUGUACAACGCGUGGCCCUUCUUCCGAGUCACCGUGGACCUGGUGGAGAUGGUCUUCGCCAAGGGCAACCCCGUCAUCGCCGCCCUCUACGACAAGCUCCUCGUCUCCCAGGACCUCUGGUCCUUUGGGGAGCACCUCCGCAACAAGUACGAGGAGACCAAGAGCCUCCUCCUCCAGGUCCUCCUCCUUCCUCUGUUAUCUUCUUCCUCUGUUAUCUUCUUCUUCUUGCUCUGAGCUUGGUUGGUGUUGGUUGGGUGGCAGGUGGCGGGGCACAGGAACCUGCUCGAGGGGGACCCGUACCUGAAGCAGAGGCUGAGGCUGCGGGACUCGUACAUCACGACGCUGAACGUGUGCCAGGCGUACACUCUGAAGCGCAUCAGGGACCCCGAGUUCCGCGUGAAUCUGCGGCCGCAUCUGUCCAAAGAGGUGAUGAAGGCCAGCGCCUCCGGGGCGGACCUCGUCAACCUCAACCCCACCAGCGAGUACGCCCCCGGCCUCGAGGACACGCUCAUCCUCACCAUGAAGGGCAUCGCCGCCGGCCUCCAGAACACCGGCUGA